AGCUACCAUGCCUGGCGAUCUUUCUUUUACUGCUCACGGAGAGAGUUGGAUUUACCCAACUGUUUUUUUGUUCCAUGACCACUUCUAGGCCAGAGGAGGAGGAAGGGUACUGAAGAAUGUUUCCACUAAGACAACGCAGAAGUAGACAGUGGGUCCUCAAAGGAAAUAGUGUUAUUGUCACAAAAGAAGAGGGAAGAGAUGCCAUGUGGGCAAAAACAUAUUCUACAGGUGGUAAUAUAGUUAACAAUGGAAAUGAAAAAAUUAUUUGGAUUCAAGAGUCCUCUUUCCCUCACCUUCACUUGCAGAUGGGUUCCUUGGAUAUCACCCAGAGUAUUGAAGAUGACCCACUUCUGGAUGCCCAGCUUCUCCCACAUCACUCACUACAAGCUCACUUUAGACCCCAGUUCCAUCCUCUUCCUACAGUCAUCAUAGUGAAUCUUCUGUGGUUUAUUCAUCUUGUGUUUGUUGUUUUAGCAUUUUUGACAGGUGUGCUUUGUUCUUACCCUAAUCCACAUGAGGACAAAUGCCCAGGAAAUUACACAAACCCACUGAAAGUUCAGACGGUCAUAAUCCUUGGGAAAGUUAUUUUGUGGAUUCUCCAUUUACUCCUUGAAUGCUACAUCCAGUACCACCACAGCAAAGUCAGAAACCGAGGCUAUAACUUGAUCUACCGAUCGACAAGGCAUCUCAAGAGACUUGCGCUGAUGAUACACUCCUCGGGCAACACAGUGCUUCUCCUCAUACUGUGCAUGCAGCACUCCUUCCCGGAGCCCGGAAGAUUGUAUCUUGACCUCAUUCUGGCCCUCCUGGCCCUGGAACUCAUCUGUUCCCUUAUGUGUCUCCUCAUUUACACAGUGAAAAUCCGGAAAUUUAAUAAAGCUAAACCAGAGCCUGAUAUACUUGAAGAAGAAAAAAUCUAUGCUUACCCCAGCAAUAUUACCUCAGAGACUGGAUUCAGGACUAUUUCAAGCCUAGAAGAAAUUGUUGAAAUGCAAGGAGACAUCAUUGAAUACCUGAAGCGCCACAAUGCGCUGCUGAGUAAGCGAUUGUUGGCUCUCUCUUCCUCGGACCUGGGCUGUCAGCCAAGUAGAACAUAAAAGGCUCACCCUCAUGACAGCAAUUGCAGAGAAACCCAGAGUAAUUCAAACUAACUGACUACUGGACAAGCUGCCACAGGGAACUGCAGCAUUUGCUGAAUAGCAUUUUAUACUGUUCGUUGGAAACCUGAAUUUGGUUCUGACUUCUGUGGCCGUUUAAAAUAUAGGACUUGACUGGGCAUGGUGGCUCAUGCCUAUAAUCCCAGCAGUGUGGGAGACCAAGGCAGGUGGAUCACCUGAGGUCAAGAGUUCGAGACAACCUGAGCAGCAUGGAAAACCUUAUGUCUGCUAAAAAUACAAAAUUAGACUGGACAUGGUGGCACAUG